UAUAUUUCUUCCCUGUCCUUAACUAUCAUCUCGUCCUCAACUAAGAGACCUGUGGUAAAUAAACGUCUGGCUGGAAUCUAUGUCAAGGAUAAUAAGAAUGGCGAAUUACGUUUUCUAGCCUCAAAUAGUCAAAUUAAUGAGGCCAUCAAUCAGAAACAGGAAUUCUUGGAACAGCUGAGGCCCACAACCACUGGAACCGGUAACGGUGUUACCCCAAUUAUUAUCAACACUGCAACGGCCACAGCUACAGCUACUGGCACUGCCACGGGCACUGGCACACUCACCACAGGAACAGGUACUGGAACUGGCACUUUAACUACCACCGGUGCAACUGGUGGUGGUGGUGGUGCGGGUGUUGUCGGCCCAUCACCAAUUGGUGAUCUUUUGCCACAAAUUGUUGCUCAGGCUGCCCUGCAAAGACGUCGUCCUGGAAAUAACCGCCGUCGUGUUGUUAAUAAGCGCCGCCGUGGUGGAAACAAUCGUCGUCGUGGUAACAGACGUGGCAACAACAGGAACAAGAACAGACCUCAAGUUUUUGUGGUCAGACCCCGUAACUAG